AUGGCACCCUACCUGCAUCACGUUCAGGCAGUUAUCCCCAAGCCUGCACCCCGUCCAUCGACAGGCCCUCACAAGCUGAGGGAGUGCCUUCCGCUCAUCAUCUUCCUGCGGAACAGGCUGAAGUAUGCCCUGACAGGAGACGAGGUCAAGAAGAUCUGCAUGCAGCGGUUCAUAAAGAUAGAUGGCAAAGUCCGCACAGACAUCACCUACCCUGCAGGCUUCAUGGAUGUCAUCAGCAUCGAGAAGACAGGCGAGCAUUUCCGCUUGGUGUAUGAUACCAAGGGCCGGUUUGCUGUUCACCGCAUCACACCUGAAGAGGCCAAGUACAAGCUGUGCAAGGUGAGGAAGAUCUUUGUGGGCACCAAAGGAAUCCCUCAUCUGGUCACCCAUGAUGCCCGCACCAUCCGCUAUCCGGACCCCCUCAUCAAGGUGAAUGAUACAGUCCAGAUUGACCUGGAGACAGGCAAGAUCACAGACUUCAUCAAGUUUGACACAGGUAACCUGUGCAUGGUGACCGGUGGUGCCAACUUGGGCCGUAUUGGGGUGAUCACCAACCGGGAGAGACACCCUGGGUCAUUUGAUGUUGUUCAUGUGAAGGAUGCCAACGGCAAUAGCUUUGCCACCAGGCUCUCCAACAUCUUCGUUAUUGGCAAAGGCAACAAGCCGUGGAUCUCCCUGCCCCGUGGGAAGGGCAUCCGCCUCACCAUUGCUGAAGAGAGAGACAAGAGACUGGCAGCCAAGCAGAGCAGCGGGUGAACUCCAGCUCAGGCUGGCAGUGCUCCUCUCGGUAUAUUAAUUAAACCGUUUACCAAA